AUGCCCAACGAGUGGGCGGGCUCCGCCGCCGUGACGAUUCGCCUUUUUAGCGCCUUUUCGGCUCUCUUCUCAGCCGAAGUGACCAAGAUGGGAGCAGAACUCGACGACUUCUUCGGCGUGAUGGACGCCAUGCUACUCGACUAUGGCGCCGAGCUCACCGCCCCGAGGCUCAGUUUGGAGUUCAACAUUGGCGCAGCCCUGGCCUCGAAGCUCCUGCGGCUGUACAUCCGCGACAAAGUGAAGCAGAGGAAAGCAGCUGCAUCGGAGAAACGCGUGCGGCUGUUGCUGAAAUUCGCCGCCGCCCUCGGCGACCGUCCUGCGAAGAAGGGAUCGGCGUCUGCAGUGCUGUGUGACCUCGCUGACGAGCCUUUCUCGGCCAAGUGCCCUCCGGAGCCGUGGUGUCUGUACAGCGUCGUGCGUCUUCCGCCUGCCUCCGCCGACGGCUUGCCUCCGCCCUCCUCGACACACGCCCAGUGGCAGGAAGAAGUUCGCAGUCUCCUUCCUCACUUCGCGUGUGGUUCCGCGGCGGCCAGCUCCGGUUCAGAGGCUGUCUCCUCGGUGGAUCCUUCAACUGAGCAGGCGGCGCUGUACAUCCCCCCUUUUGCGGCGAUUCGGCAGUCGCGCCUGGUGGGCCGCAAGCAUCGCUGUUCAGGUGUGCCCAGCCCCGCUGGGGUCUCCGCGCCUGUACCGGCUCGUCAGCCACAGACUCCGAGCGCGGCGCCUUCAAGCAGCAAAACGCUCUCUUCUCUGAAGGCAGCUGGAAAUCCUUCCGUCUCUCCUGCGCCAGUGCUUGGCGGAGCGGCGGAGAAAGGAACCCCCGAGGCUGCGAGCAAACGCAAGAGCCGAGAAGAGCCAGUCGAGCCGUUCCAGGCCCCGAAAGCCUCCGCGGCGCAGUCGGCAGGGGACAGACCAACGGGAGAGCGCGAGAACAAGGCAGCGAGAGAGCAUGGCGGCAAGAAGACGCAGUCACCCAACAGUCUGCUUGCGCGAUUCGGAUUCGGCACCCACCAGAAGAAGACGCAGUCGGAGACGCCGUCUCCGCGCGCGGAGACCUCGGCUGGCGAGCUCGCGGCAGCGACGAAGACUGAGCAGAGACGGGAAACGGGAGAGAGCGCGACUGGCGAGGCGCGAGAGGAGGAAAUGGACGCGCGCUCGUGGGAUAGACAGAGAAAGAGACCUUUGGAUGAGGGCGAAGGCCCGGAGACACGGGCGGCGGCGAGGGCGGAGGACGAGAACUACCGAGCGCGGCCGGCGAAGAAGGCGAAGCAGGUGUCAGAUGAAGAGGGACGCAUGCAGCGGGGGACGCAGUCUGAGGACGGAGUAAAGGCCUGCGACGCCUCGGCCGGAGGUCUGUUUGCCGACGGAGAAGGGGAAGAAGACAGGGAGAGAGAAUACAGUCCUGCAGGCGAUGCGCAGCCGGAGGACGAGAGCAACUCGGAAGGCGCCCAGCGAGGCGGGGUCCUAGGGUGGGGUGGCCACGGAGAGGAAGAGAGGGCGAAUUUUCGGGGACGAGGAAACAAGGCGGCGAAGCCUCUUGGCGUCCAGAUGGAAUGUGAAGAAAAGACCAUCGUCCUCAAAGAGAAGGCGGUGGAAACGCGAACAUAUCGCGAGGGAGACUACCUCGUGCUGCAGGACGAGGACGUGGUGAAGGACAAGGAAGUCACUGUACGUACACUGCGGCCGAGCAGCGCGCCCCGAGAGUCGGGGGGAGUCUCCUCCGGCUCGUCGAGAGCUUCGAGAGGGGCAUCGGGGAGCGAGGCGAGCGAUUCUUCCAAGACAGGAAAGCGCGGCUUCGGCGCGGGCGGGCCGAAGAAGAAACAAGGAAGCCUCAUGGCGUUUUUCCAAAGGAAGUAG